AUGGGAUUUUCAGACAUGUCGAUCGAAUGGAUAAUGCGAUGCGUCACUUCAAUAAAAUACCAUGUCAUUUUCAAUGGUCAACCAAGAGGAAACAUUGUUCCUAAAAGAGAACUACGUCAAGGAGAUCCUUUGUCUCCUUUCUUCUAUAUCUUAUGUACGGAAGUGAUCAUUAGUUUUCUUAAUUAUGCGGAGAGCAAAGGCAAGAUAACGGGAAUGUGUGUCUCACGCGCUAGCCCGCCGAUAUCACACAUGCUCUUUGCUGAGGACAGCUUGUUCUUUGUCAAGGCGGAGCUCCGUGAAUGCAAUGAAGUCAUGAAAGCCAUAAUGACUUAUAGAAAAGCCUCUGGACAAUUUAUCAACUAUGACAAUUUAUCUUCUUUACUCUUUGGUAAAAAGAUCUCUAUGGAUGUAAAGGAAGCGGUUAAGAUCUCAAUAGGAAUAGCAAAUGAGGGAGAUAUGGGAUCUUAUCUUGGGAUCCCGGAGGAUAUUAGUGGUUCAAACAAAAACUAUUUUCUUUUCUCAAAAAGAUACUACAAAACCGAGCCAAUGGCUGGACAGGGAGGUGGUUGUCGAAAGGAGGAAAUGAGGUUCUCAUAA